CGCAAGUGUCUUUGAAUGGAGUAGGAUUCAACAAUAAAUUCGGAGUUCGGAUUUCAACAAUAAAUCCAUAGUUUUAUUAAAACAAGCAUAGCAGUAUAUAUAUAAAUAUUUCAUUUCAUUUACAGAUUAAAGACAAAAGUCCUCCGUGAAGCAUUUCGCCGAGAGGACCAUAAUCACAAUGACUGAAGCUGAGGUGAACCCCAAGGCCUAUCCUCUGGCAGACGCCACCCUGACUAAAACCAUCCUGGAUCUGGUGCAACAAGCCUCCAACUACAAACAGCUAAGGAAGGGGGCCAAUGAAGCCACCAAGACGUUGAACCGAGGUAUUGCCGAGUUCAUUGUGAUGGCUGCUGACGCCGAACCUCUGGAGAUCAUUCUCCACCUGCCGCUGCUCUGCGAGGACAAGAACGUCCCCUAUGUGUUUGUCCGGUCCAAGCAGGCGCUGGGCCGGGCCUGCGGCGUGUCCCGGCCCGUCAUCGCCACAUCGGUCACCAUAAAGGAAGGCUCCCAACUCAAACCCCAGAUCCAGUCUGUGCAGACUUCCAUAGAGAGACUGCUGGUGUGACGACGUGGUACUGAUGACGGUCCAGCCUCUGGUGGAAGAAGCUACUUAGGAAACUGUCAGUCUUUUUGAUAAAGUCACGAUAAAUCUACCUGCUUUGUUUUUUAGAAACAUUUUAAUUCUUUGAAAUUGGUCUAUUUCAGUGUACCAGUUUGUCAAGUCUUUUCCUGAUGUUUUGUAAUAAAACAUGAUUUC